UAUAAAAAAAAAAAUAAUAACACCGGGGACAGAUGAAACCCCAGGAGAAAUGACAUGCAGAGAAUGUUAUCUGCUCUCUCUCUCUCCUUUUUUCCGUGCUUGAGUUUUGAAGAUGGGAUGGUACUUGCUGUGAUGUCACCCCACUCUUGUGAGAACAUUCAUUCCACCCGCAGCGUGGCUCGCCAGCUCCUCUCCAAAGAGAAACAGAAGCAGCCAUCGUUACGCAGGGCAAUGUGACAACAAGGGAGCGACUUCGUUCACAUGUUUUCUUUAUGUUCGGGACCGGGUGGAAGUGCUGGAACUGUGUUCACGAACAAUCACGCAAAACACGCUGUUUCGGGAAAUCGGUGUUGUUUGCAGCUUUGGAGUCUUCUGUAUGGUGCGCUGCGUUUGUUCUGAACAGGAGCGUUGCGCACAGCGGAGCACCGAUCUGUAGUGGCGCAGCACAGCGUGCCCGUCCUCAGUUGUUUUAAGAGGGAGAAAAUAUAUCAAAAAUGAUCCGAAAGAACAGAUUUCAGCCAGAAUGGAUUUGAUGGAUUUAAAUGUGUUGCUGGAAAACGCUUCCAGGGAUGGCAACACCACCGACGCACCCCUCUCACUGCCGUACCCGGAGGCAGCCACGGCACUCAUUAUACUUGUAGUUAUUGUUAUGAUUUCUGUGACUAUUGUAGGCAAUGUAUUAGUUAUUGUUGCGGUUUUGACUAGCAGGGCACUCCGUGCGCCACAGAACCUUUUUCUGGUCUCCCUGGCGUCGGCGGACAUCCUGGUUGCCACUCUGGUCAUCCCGUUCUCUUUAGUCAAUGAGGUGAUGGGUUACUGGUUCUUUGGAACUACUUGGUGCGCCUUCUAUCUGGCUUUGGACGUGUUGUUUUGCACCUCAUCCAUCGUGCACCUGUGCGCCAUCAGUCUGGACCGCUAUUGGUCAGUGACAAAGGCUGUGAGCUACAACCUGAAGCGAACGCCGAAGCGCAUCAAAUCCAUGAUCACUGUGGUGUGGGUGAUAUCUACCAUCAUCUCCUUCCCCCCUCUUCUCAUGACCAAGCACGACGAGAGGAAGUGCGAGCUGAAUGACGAGACCUGGUACAUCCUCUCCUCCUGCCUGGUGUCCUUCUUCGCUCCAGGUCUCAUCAUGAUUCUGGUUUACUGUAAGAUCUACAAAGUGGCCAAGCAGCGCUCGUCCACCGUGUUUGUGGCCAAGAAUGGCCUGGAGAGAGAACCUUCCCAGUCGGAGACCUGCUUCGUCAGGAAGGACCGGUUCGAGGUGGAGAGCCCCAGCAGCCUGAGCUCCGGCAGCCAUCAGCAGAGGCAAGGGGAGUUGGACGACAUCGACCUGGAAGAGAGCUGUUACUCCUCGGAUACCAAGCCCCGCCAUCACCGCUUCACCAAGCGCAGAAAGGUGGAGGGGUCGGAAUGCUGCCCGCCGCAGAGCUGCCGCCUCUCUUGGGCUUCGGCCCGGGCGUCACAGCCAUACCCGGAGCAGAAGAACCCCACCGAGCGACAGCAGCUGGGCGCGGCUAACAAGACCAAAGUGGCCCAGAUGCGGGAGAAGCGUUUUACCUUCGUGCUGGCGGUGGUGAUGGGGGUGUUCGUGCUCUGCUGGUUCCCCUUUUUCUUCACCUACAGCCUCCAUGCGAUCUGCAGAAACAGCUGCACCAUCCCUGACGCACUUUUCAAACUUUUCUUUUGGAUUGGUUACUGCAACAGCUCGGUGAACCCCAUUAUUUACACUAUUUUUAAUAGAGACUUCAGAAAAGCCUUCAAGAAAAUCAUAUGCAGAACUUCAAAGCGCACAUAAAGGGGGAUACUAUUUAUAUUUUGCCUCACUCACUAAUUAGUAAAGAGAUUUGGAAAUGUGUGGAGAUGCACCAAUCAGGGUUUUUUUUUUUUCAGGUCGAUGCUGAUUUUAUUUGAGAGCCAACAUGCCAGUUCAAUUUCUUCCCAAGAGAAAUAACACAUUAAAUAAUAAAAUCUAUUUAUGGAGAUUCAUCGACUGGACCUUUUCUGGCCAGGAUUGUCAGGCUCUUCCUGGAAUUUCAGAUUUUAUUUUGGAUCUGAUGUGCUGAUUCCAGUAUUUACCAGUUCUGUUUUUCCACAAUUUCUUAAAGAGGGAGCUCAUUUACUAAUUAAAAUAAAAAUGAAAUGACAUUUAUGUUAUAUUUUUUCCCCCAAAAUAUUCUAUAAAAGUUCAUGAUGUUAUGGCUCGGGGUUUAUACAUUAAAACUAAUGUUAGAUCCAGAUUUUGAUAUCUUUAAUGGAGAGAAAAACCCAUCCAAAAUUUCAUCAUCUGAUCUGCGGAUAAACGAUUCAACUUUCAUGACCGAUAUCAAUGUCCACUCACCUGCCAAGGCCAUAUUUGACCAAAUCUGAUUUAAUUUUCUGAAGAAAGUAGUGCAAGGUCUUAGAAAGACUUGGAGCUCUCUCACUCAUUAGUAUGAGACAUGGAAAUGCUACUAAAGCACAUAUAAAUAGAUUUUUUUUAAGGUCUAACUUACCAAUUGUUGUCUUGAGUUACUAGUUUUGUCUUUCAGCUUUCCCCCUCAUGAAAUAAUAAAUAUGUAGUAAAUUUUGUAAAAUAGAUUGUAAAAUAGUUUGGAAUCCAACAGAAGGAAUUACAACCUUUUUUCCUUUUAUGCAUAAAAGCAUAUGUCCCAAGUAUGUCUUAGAUAUUUUUACACUUGAAAAAAGUGCAUCGAAGUACAUUUUGUUGGUUGUUGUAUUUGUAGAUCAAAGGUGGUGAACACUUCUAGUUCUGGUGCGUUUAAAGGAAAAGAAAACAUAAUUUUCAGUAUUUCAAAUUCUGAUCACCAAUUAGAGCAUAUUAAGGAAAAAUUAGCCUAUUGAUUGGUGCAUCUCUAAAAAUGUGUUACUGUGACUCAUUAGCCCAGAGUACUGCUGCCUCAUCGUUUUACUGAAAUUAUACAAAAAAAAACAUAAUUCAUUGUAUUUACUGUCUAUGAAUAAAAUUUAUUUGGUGGAGCAUAUAUAAUAUUAGUUAAAAGCUACUAAUCUCAUAUUUAUGCCAUUCUUUCUGAGGUCUGAGAAAUCUUAGGUUGCAUAAGAAAUCUUGAACACCUCCUUAUUUCACCAAGUGGGUUGGAACAGCAUACAGGCAGAACAUAUUUAGAGUGAAAAUGUGAAACUACUGAUAUGAAUUCCAGGGCUGACUUUGGGUUCAAAGCGAGCGUUCUGUGUUUUCAUAAAUACAAGAAUAAUCUUCACCAUCUUUUGCAUACAAGCCUGGCAGCUGGCAGGCGAGCUUGAAUGUAUGUGUCUGGAGGACGAAAGGAUGGUUUAAAAGGCAGCAUUUAAACUUCCCCACGUUGAGGCUGAUUCAUAAAGGUGCAUCUCUUUGUUUGUUUCUGCAAGCCACCUCAGCCAAUUCUGCACAGGAAAUAGUCAAACUUAUGUAAGAGUCUUUUCUCACCCUCUCACCACGCCGUCACACUGCCUCAUGCUUGAACAAUGGCCAGAUAUGAGGCUUGCAAGCGCAAAAAUGAAAUGCAGACAUUUUCACAUUUGGUGUCCUUGCAGCAGCUUAAUAUUUGGCCAGUAAAUAUUUAAAUGGAUUGGGGUCUCAUCUCUCCCGUAAAACCUGGUCUCACCAACAUGACAGGGUUUCUUUUACUCUGGAGUAGAACAUCUAUUUUUAUAACAGCUACAUACUACAUACUUCCUAUUUCCCAUCAUAUACCAUGUUUAGAUACAAACAAGCAAAGAAAUGACACCAAAAAAUUACUCAUAUAAUCUACAUUUUCAUCAGUGUCAAAUGAUUAAUGUUGACAUGACAAAGUUCAUGAAAAGGGCAUGGCGUUUAUUUAUGUCUAACUUUAAACUUGUCAACACUUUUUUAAAACUGGUCAGUCUCAUAUAUUGCUGGCCUCUUGAGUAAAGGCCUAUACUUCUCUGGGAAAGUACUACUUAGUGAGAGGAAGACUGGCCACUUCCAUAUCUCUGCCAUUGUCUACACGGCGGUGCUGAGGAAAAAUACACUAUUUAUAUCCUACUAGGAAUGUCUUCAAAGCACUCCUACAGCUCAAUGGCACCUCGCCAAAGACAAUCACUCCGUCUUAGGGGUGUCGUGCCUGCAAGGAUAUUUUUCUCUUUCUUUUUUUGGGUAGUAUGCUCAUAUUGAUGAGUUUUUUAAAAUAAAAUAUCAAGGUAAACAAAGUGAAGGUGGCUGCAUGUUUGAUAUUCUCUUACUUUUGAACAAAGAUUAAAAAAUAAGAGGCCUCUUUGACUGCUUAGAGGAAGGAAAUCUAAUCUCUGAGGGGUUCACAAACUCUUGAAACAAAUGAAAUGUCUGGGCAGAGCCACACUCGGAAGAUGGAGUUAAAUUAGAGCCUCCAGAUUCCUUCAGUGGAAGAAAGGCAAUGUUUAAUUGCUCGUAACUUAUUGGGAUGCUAUUGUACGCAUGCUGUCACCUAAUUUCUCCGGAGGAUGCAGUUAUCAAUUUGUGUUUCAUUAACCAAGGUGGAAAAUGUUUACAUGAACGCUCAUUUGUAAUUUUCUCACUAAUACACUGAUUAGCAUCCGUCAUGACAGGCAGUUCCCUUGUUGGAUCUCACAUCCCAUUUCAAUUGUCUUUUUAAUCAGAUGCUCCAGUGCAGCAGGAACAGAUCAUGUCUCCUCAGACGAAAACCUGUUUUUGUCUGGAACCCAAGCACGUUGUUUUAUUUUGCACAAAUUUUAUUUCAGGGUAAGUUGUAAAAUUUUGUCUUUCCAGGCAUAGUUUUCACAGCAUGUGUUUUCCUGUGUGAGUGUGGGUCUUCAUGUUACACAUGCAGGUGGUCAGGUCCGCCAGGAAUCUUGGGCCCCAUGAACCAAUCCAGAUGUCUCAAAAAAUGCUAUAUUGUUGCAUUUUAUUCAAGCUGCAGUAUAUAACUUUAAUAAAAAAAUAUGUUUUCUCCAUAUUUGUUAAAGCUGUCACCAGGUCGUGACAGUUUGUUACGAGACAGAUAAACUGAAAAGAUCAAUCUCCUCCACCGCCUCCCUGAACUAUUGCUGGCUAAAGCAAUGCAAUGUUCUGGCCAAAAACAACCAAUCAGAACCAGGAGGAGGGUCUUAGUGCUGUCAAUCAACCUCAUUCAUUCACUACUGAAUGUGCUAAUGGUGGAGAAACAACUUAUCGUCAUUGCUAGCUACAGCAUAGCAACGAGCAAGGGGAGGGAGGAUGAGCAGCCACAUGAUAUUGUGACUGACAGCAUUAAAACUCUCCUGCCUCUGAUUGGUUGUAUCUAGAUAGUACUGGGAGAAAGCAGAUGAAAUACAUUUUUCAUAGAUUAUUUCUAUACCAUACUGUCACAACAUAAUGACAGUUUUAACAAAUAUGUAAAAAAAAUACAUAUUUUUGUUAGAAAAGUUACUUACUGUAGCUAUAAUUUCAUUUAGGAGAGGACUGGUCAGGAGGGACUUGGGUUAGAGCUGCUGACUGACUCAUCUGUUGUUAAGUGUGGUAAAGAGGUACAAAUGCAAGUAAAAUAUAUGAAUAUGUUGGAAAUAAUUUCCAACAUAUUCCAACAAUUUCAUAGAAUGCUAGUGAAAUGGAGGCAAACAGUAGUCUGAAGCUAAGCUAAUUAUGCUAAAUGGUUGAUAAUCUCACACAGUCUACCCACCUCUCUUGGACAAAAAGUGGGUUAUAAAUUGACACUAUUACUUUUUCUCUCUCUCUCUUUCUCUAUUUUCUUGUAAACCUAACUUUAUUAUUUUUCUUAGCAGCAUAGUAACAGCCACAGUCGUUCUUGUCUUCCUCUGACUGCUGCUGAACACCGUCACUGUCCAAGAAGGAACCAACCAUUUCAUGCAGAUCCAGGGGGGUUCAGGGCAAAUAUGGAUGUCUGCUUCUUGGUCUGGGAGGGGCAACAUUUGAUUUUUACUGCUAAAAACAAUUUUAGAAAACACAAUAUGAUUAAUUUUGUAAUUGACCGUGCCCCAAUUGUUUUUGAUUUCUAUAAUAAAUAAAUAAUUAUUUAUUGUCAUUCAGUGGCCCUAGAAUUGUCAUAACUAUUCCCUCCUAUACGCCCCCUGCACCAAUUGGCCAGCCAGUGUAAUUUCUCGAUUUCCUGAAACAUACAGGACACCAGCAAGGAGAAUCAUUUCUCCAGUCCAGUUAUUUUAUGAGACCCUUUUAUAUAGAGAUAUCUUGUAAGGAGAUUUCAAUAAAUGUUCAUUAAA